GCGGCUCGAAGUGCAGGACCAGGGCCGGCUUUGUGGGUGAUCACAGCAUUCGCAGCUGUGAUCUGCAUCGCCAGCAACAGCAGCAGGGGCCCGGAGACAACCAACACACCCGCUUCGAGUGGAGAAGAGCCGUGCGUUGGUCCAGUAUCGGCGAUCAUUCUGAUACUUGAGCUUUACUCCCCACAGCUCCUCAGCCAUGCAUCCCACCAGCACACCGACAUCCCAGCCCGCUCCCCGGGGAACCAAGCGUCCAAUCGAUCUGCUGGCGAUCAGACAAAGGCAGCUGGCCAAGAAGGCACACCAGGAUGCCCCGCAGUCAUCUAGCCUGCAAUCGCCAUCGUCAGCUUCACAGCCGACCCUGACUCGCCCUGAUCCAGGGUCCUCGCCAAAGUCCUCGCCACGGCCAUCGUCGAGUCGAUCGACGCCGCCAGUUGUUGCCCUCGAUGGGUCUCGGGCACCAAACCCUGCAGGUCCCUCGGCCAGGAUGCCAUCGAUUGCUCGCCCGUCCAGCAAUCUUGCCAGCGCAGCUUCCACAAGCCCCCGAAUCAAGUCGGCCACCCGAAAUCCAUUCUCGAAAUCGAAGCAGGGGCACUCCGCGGUGCCGCACAACCCGUUCAUGAUGCUGGAGAAGAUUCGAUCGGCGUCCGAAAGCGAGUCCAAGUCCAUCGAGUCCAUCUUCGACAUGGACUCUGUCCAGAGCCAAGAUGUGCCGUCCAACCGCGGCCACCUCGUUGCUGCUGCAAUCCGGGGCUACAAGCAGUCGCAAACGGUGAAGGAUUUCGAGUCCCGAGCGGCCGAAUCUGGAGGAAGCACCGAGGAAAUCGUUGCUCAGAUCUGUUCACCAGGGGGCAUAUUGUCGAUCAACAGCAGCUCCGCUCGCCAUGACACCGACAGCAGCGACAGUGACGAAGAGGUGAUUGAAUGGACCAGCGAUUUUUAUCGGGAUGCUGUCGUCCAAACGCCUGCCUCAGAGGGUGCCACAUAUGACAUCAUGUUUGCCGGAGAUUUGGACGGACAGACGCUGCCGGAUGAACUCGCCAAGUCAUCGGUGGCCAGGACUGUGGCCAGCGAGCAAGGUGUCGGUGCAACCGAGCGUGCGACAAACGACGAGUUCUCCGGGUCCGAUACUCGGCUUCCCAUCGACUGGAACCUCAAAUUCUCUGCGGUCUUCCACUCCCCAUAUUCCUUCAGCAGCAUCAACGUCCACAAUUCUCUCCACGAGUCCGAGGCCCUGGGCUCCUUUGUUGAGCGCGGAAAUACUGUCGAGAUUGAUACAGAUCACAAGUAUGCGUUUCAGCACUCGCUGUAUCACUGGCUUUAUCCUUCCCAACGACUGGCGCCGGCAUUAUCCCAGGCUGUCUUGCAGCAUCUGAAGCGAGAGCCCGAGAGCAGAUCAGCCGUGCAUCUCGACGAAAACAUGAAGCAUUUUGCAGCGCUACAGGAGGAAUGGAAGUCGGCCUUCCGAUCGCUCUACUUUGCAAUGAAGAACGACGUGUCAUCCUACUUUUACUACCUCAAUCCGGAAUUUUCGGUGUUGUUUCUGUCUCCAAAGGUGGUGGCAGGCGAGUCACCCAAACCCAAAGCAGUUUUGUCGACAUCAACACCUGGUCUCAGGCGCAUCCUUGAAAGUCAAGGCAAGUCUGGCUUGGCCACUAAACUGUGCGUCGCUGCCACUUCCCUGGGUCCGAGAGUUCCCUUUGAAGCCGUGCUUCCAGAUCCGGCCACUCGAGAUCUGUCGCAAGAAGCUGGAAAGCGCGUGCCGCUCUAUUUCGCAUCUCCAAAGGCAGUGCACGGUCUAUUUGACUUUCUUCUCAACUGGAGAGACCCACAACUCGAGCGUCAGGCGCGCCAGUUCCCUAUGCUUGUCUCUCCCCACCCUUUUCUUCACGCUAGUCUCAAAUCCGCGCAGGUAUCCAAGUACGGCAAGGUGCAGCAAGCCAGUGGUCUGAAAGGACAAAAUGCGGCUGUCGGGCUGACGGAGUACUAUCGGCUCGAGAUACGCGGGCUGCUGCUACCCACGUCCGUUCUUGCCCUGGUUGAAUCGCUCAAAAAGCACCAGAAGCCAGGGAUGACAACAGGAACACACAGUGGGAACCACGGCGGGACCCACAGCAGCGAUCCGCAUUUGAUGCGGCCGCUGGAGGGCACGUUCUCCAAUUAUGACAAUAUGCAGGGCAUGAAUCUGGGUGGAGGCACGAACUCGGACGGAGUCCCUGCCGAGUAG